AUGUCCAUGAAGAUAUCGUGGCUAUUUCACAGCUUGUUGGUGUUCAGCUUGUCUCUGGCUCUAAUUGGCUUCGUUCAUGGCGGCAACGUAACGUAUGAUGGCAGAUCUUUGAUCAUCAAUGGCGAACACAGGCUUCUCUUCUCCGGCUCAAUUCACUAUACGCGUAGCACUCCAGAUAUGUGGCCACAUUUGAUAGCCAGAGCCAAAAUGGGAGGGAUAGAUGUAAUCCAAACCUAUGUGUUUUGGAACCUUCAUGAGCCACAGCAAGGACAUUUUGAUUUUAGGGGAGGACGUGAUUUAGUUCUAUUCAUUAAGGAAAUCCAAAAACAGGGUCUUUAUGCAUGCCUUCGAGUGGGACCCUUCAUCGAGGGUGAAUGGUCUUAUGGGGGUCUACCAUUUUGGUUGCAUGAUGUGCCGGGCAUUGUGUUCCGAACUGAUAAUGAACCAUUCGAGUUUCACAUGCAAAGGUUUGCAAAGAAGAUAGUCGACAUGAUGAAAUCAGAGAGACUGUAUGCUUCCCAAGGAGGGCCGAUUAUACUAUCACAGAUCGAGAACGAGUACAAGCUGGUGGAAGCAGCUUUUCGUGAGAGAGGGCCAGCUUACGUUCGUUGGGCUGCAAAAAUGGCUGUAGGGCUUGAAACGGGUGUGCCCUGGGUUAUGUGUAAGCAAGAUGAUGCCCCUGAUCCAGUGAUAAAUACAUGCAAUGGGAUGCGAUGUGGAGAAACAUUUGCAGGACCCAACUCACCCAAUAAACCAGCAUUAUGGACGGAGAACUGGACGAGUUUCUUUCAAACAUUUGGUGAAAAACCCUACCUGAGAUCUGAGAAAGAUAUUGCAUUCCAUGCUGCAUUGUUCAUUGCAAAGAAAAGAGGAAGCUACAUAAACUAUUACAUGUAUCAUGGAGGUACCAAUUUUGGAAGAACAGGCUCUGAAUAUGUAACCACAAGUUAUUAUGAUAAUGCUCCUCUGGAUGAGUACGGUCUACUUAAUCAACCAAAGUGGGGUCAUCUUAAGGAAUUACAUGCUGCAAUAAAAUUAUGUUCGGAGCCUUUACUUUCAGGAACACAAUCUACAGUUCCUUUGGGUCAGCAACAAGAAGCUUAUGUCUUCAAUAUGAACUCUGGAGAAUGUGCUGCCUUUCUGGUGAACAAUGGCAAGAGACGUGUCAAUGCUCUCUUUAAUAAUUUUACAUAUGAUUUGCCUCCAAAUUCAAUCAGUAUCCUACCAGAUUGCAAGACCACAGUCUUCAACACUGCAAAGGUAAGCACACAAUAUAAUAAAAGAUCAGUGAUCUCGAGCCAAACUUUCAAACAAUGGAGCAAGUACAAAGAAGUCAUCCCCAAAUUCCAGGACACUUCAUUAAGAGCAAAUAAAUUGUUAGAGCAAAUGAGUACAACAAAAGCUGCGUCUGAUUAUCUUUGGUACACUUUCAGGUUUCAGAAUGAUAACUCAAAUGCUCAAUCUGUACUGAAUGUUGGAUCUCGCAGCCACGUUCUCCAUGCAUUUGUAAAUGGAGAGUUUGCAGGAUCUGCACAUGGUAGUCACAACAGCAAGAGCAGAGCUUUCUCCCUGGAGAAUAACAUAACGUUAAGAAAGGGGACAAACUACAUCUCCUUACUCAGUGUCAUGGUUGGCUUGCCGGAUUGGGGAGCAUAUCUGGAGCAUAGAGUUGCAGGCUUGCGCAGAGUAAGAGUUCAAAGCAGAGACUUCACUAAUUCCCCAUGGGGAUAUCAGGUUGGGUUGUUAGGAGAGAAACUAAAAAUUUAUACAAAUCUUGGAUCAAGUAAAAUUCAAUGGAGUGGUGUUGGAAGCUCUACUCAACAACGACUUGCAUGGUAUAAGACGGUAUUUGAUGCACCUGCUGGAAAUGAACCUCUUGCAUUGAACCUUGGUUCCAUGGGAAAGGGAGAAGUUUGGAUCAAUGGCCAGAGCAUCGGCCGAUAUUGGGUAUCAUACCACACCUCAGAAGGAAAUCCUUCACAAACAUGGUACCAUGUGCCUCGAUCUUUUCUCAAGCCCAAAGACAACCUAUUAGUUUUACUAGAAGAAGAAAAUGGGAACCCCUUUGGGAUUUCCCUGGACACAAUUUCAAGAAAAAAAGUAUGUGGCUUUGUGUCUGAUUCCAACUUGCCCCCAGCUAAUUCCUGGAUGAGAGACAACUCAAGCGGAAUAAUCUAUCAAGUGAAACCUCAUAGAAGACCUGCACUUCGUCUCCAGUGUCCUCCAAAUAGUACCAUAUCAAAGAUCUUAUUCGCAAGCUUUGGAACACCUUUAGGGGAUUGUGAGAAUCAUGCUAUUGGAAGCUGUCACUCAUCUAAUUCCAGAACCAUUAUAGAAAAGGCCUGUCUAAGGAAGAGUAAAUGUUCCAUCAUUGUAUCAAAUCAUACUUUUGGUGGUGAUCCAUGCCCUGGCAAGCCUAAAGCUCUAUUGGUUGAUGCACAAUGCACGUGACCCUGGAUAAGUUUGUACCAUUUCCAUGGGGGAAGAAAGAUUAGUAUUAUCAACUCCUAUUUUUUAUCUGUAGAUGUGUAAAGAAGGUAAUAAAUGCAUAUUAUCGUUGAAUUAUGAUUUUUUAUCUAUGAAUGAAAGGAACAAUUUUUAGUUUAGUAAAUAUAUGCUUUUAGAACUUCAAAACGAAUGUUCAAUACAAGUACACAAGCAGUUCAAGAAAUACAGCUCUCCAGAAAAGGAAAAAGAUAGAAAUCUUGAAGAUUAGGUACAGAUGGAUCACUUUCAAAGGUGAAGGGUGUUGAAGAAAAAUGCUCUAAGCUCCAACAUUGACUUCCCACAAUCCUUAAAACUCCAGUCAUUUCUCUCUUCAUAUACUUCACAUUAGGCAAGAUGGAACCAUCUUCUUGGCCAGAGUCAUUCGGUCAAAUUUGUUUGUUAAAUAGGGGCUAUUACUCCAGUAUGAAUUACAGAACAUCGAUAUAGACAAUCAAAUACUGAGAGAUUUUUUGGUUUGAUAGGGUAAUCAAAUGCUAACAAUUUUGACCAAUAGACGUUAAAACUAGAGAGAGUCAACAGACACACAAUGUACAAUCAAUAACAGUACAAUUAGCCAGCUUAAGAACCGUUUUUUUUUUUUAUCAGUAAAGAAGAGAUUUUAUCAAUGAAAAUAGGCAGAACUGAUUUACCUGUAAUCCUCAGAAACCAUUGCCAACCGCUCCCAGUUCGGAAACUGGUGGAACUCAAAGCCUUCCACGCCCCACGGUCCCCAUAUAAUACCGCAGAGACGAAAUAAAGUCCACCACUUUGGUAAUUCUCAUCACCAUAUUGUUCGAGGAACACAGUAACUGUAUCGAACACUCGAGCGGGACCGUCUUGCCUGAGCACCCGGGCACCGCCCAAAUGGCGCCCCAGCUCGGGUCCGAGCCGAAAGACUUCCCAGAUGUCACUGAGAGAAAUACCCACAUUGCGAACAUCGAGCAGAGCCACUCUGGCGUUGUUGGUUUCGUGUUGUAGUAUGUGACUCGUAUACAGAUA